GUGCCCUUGGCCCCAUCAGAACUGGGGGCUGCCUCAGCCUGACUGUUGGGGGUGGAGGUCACCCCCUGAUUGGGACAGCAUCACUCUAGGUUUUUCCUUCACCUCUCCUUAGGGUAUUAGCAACCACUCUAUUCCCCAUGAUCCCUUAGGCUGUGACGGUGAACCUUCUAGUUUUCAAUGAUAAAAACAGCUUGCUGCAGCUGCAGCAUACAUGCCUUAGGUUCAUCACCACUGCCUUAGACUGUUGGUGCCUGACUCUUGCUUGUUUUAAAGGAAUCCUGGAUACUCUGUUUAACCAGAAUUUUGGAGGCCUUAGUUGUGUGUGCAUGUAGACAUGUAAUGGGGAGCUGAGAAACCCUGGGUGACCGUGCUAAAUUCAAGAGCUGGGGACAACUCUGCUCCCUUUAUUUCAAGGGCUCCUCUCUGUGUACCCCAACCCUUUGGGGGAGGAGAAUUCAGUCUCUGGGGACAGACCUCCCUCUGCUCAGCCUGCCCUGCCCCCCAGCUUAGAGGACAUAAAAGCCCAGAUUCUGUGAGGGGAGUUGCCACUGUCAGGUGAGCUGUGGAAGUGAAUCCCGGGGGCACUGCUAGUGACUGCAGCUGGCAAGCGCAUGGGGGCCUAUGGAGCCCUCUUCAGUGAGGCCUGGUUUUGCCCAUAGGCCAGGCCCACUGAGGUGGGGCUGGUUGUGGAGGAGGGAGUAAGGGACCUGGGAGGAGAGAAAUGGUGGGGGUCCCUUCUCCCAAAUGCACAGGAUACUUAUGGGGCUGGGGGUCUCUCUGCAGAGAUGAAGCUGCUCCUGGCCCUCACAGGGCUCCUGGCUACUCUGGUCAUGCCUCAGCCCUCUGACAGUGCCACUCCAGCUGUUCCAGAGGAGGUAGAGACCUCGGUGGUGCUGACCUGCAUGGAGGAGGCCAAGCAGCUAGUGGACAAGGCCUACAAGGAGCGAAGGGAAAGGAUCAAGCAGCGGCUUCGAAGUGGCUUGGCCAGCCCCAUGGAGCUCCUGUCCUACUUCAAGCAGCCAGUGGCAGCCACCAGGACAGCAGUGAGGGCCGCUGACUAUCUGCAUGUGGCCCUAGACUUGCUGAAGAGGAAGCUGCGGCCUCUGUGGCCAGGGCCUUUCAAUGUCACCGACGUGCUCACACCCGCUCAGCUGACUCUGCUGUCCAAGUCGAGCGGCUGCGCCUACGAGGACGUGGGGGUGAGCUGCCCGGAGCAGGACAAGUAUCGCACCAUUACCGGCCACUGCAACAACAGACGCAGCCCCACGCUGGGGGCCUCCAACCGUGCCUUUGCGCGCUGGCUGCCUGCGGAGUACGAAGACGGCGUGUCGCUGCCCUUUGGCUGGACGCCCAGGGUCAAGCGCAACGGCUUUGCUGUGCCCCUGGCUCGCGAGGUCUCCAACGCCAUCGUGCGCUUCCCCACUGAGCGGCUGACGCGGGACCAGGAGCGCUCCCUCAUGUUCAUGCAGUGGGGCCAGUUCAUUGACCACGACCUGGACUUCACCCCUGAGCCCGCCGCCCGGGCCUCCUUCCUCACUGGCCUCAACUGUGAGAUCAGCUGCCUGCAGCAGCCUCCCUGCUUCCCUCUCAAGAUCCCACCUAAUGACCCCCGCAUCAGGAACCAGAACGACUGCAUCCCCUUCUUCCGCUCCUGCCCUGCCUGUACCAGGAGCAACAUCACCAUCCGCAACCAAAUCAAUGCUCUCACCUCCUUCGUGGACGCCAGCAUGGUGUACGGCAGUGAGGACCGCCUGGGCAGGAACCUGCGAAACCUGACCAACCAGCUGGGGCUGCUGGCUGUCAACACCCGCUUCCAGGACAAUGGGCGGGCCCUGAUGCCCUUCGACAGACUGCGUGAUGACCCCUGUCUCCUUACCAACCGUUCUGCACGCAUCCCCUGCUUCCUGGCAGGGGACACCCGCUCCAGUGAGAUGCCUGAGCUCACCUCUAUGCACACCCUUUUUGUUCGAGAGCACAACCGCCUGGCCACACAGCUCAAGCGUCUAAACCCCAGAUGGAAUGGAGAGAGGCUCUACCAGGAGGCCCGGAAGAUUGUGGGGGCCAUGGUCCAGAUCAUCACGUACCGAGACUACCUGCCCCUGGUGCUGGGGCCGGCGGCCAUGAGGAAGUACCUGCCCAGGUACCGAAGCUACAAUGAGUCGGUGGACCCACGUAUUGCCAACGUCUUCACUAAUGCCUUCCGCUAUGGGCACACCCUCAUCCAGCCCUUCAUGUUCCGCCUGGACAGUCGGUACCGGCCCACAGGGCCCAACCCCCGAGUCCCACUCAGCAAGGUCUUUUUCGCCUCUUGGAGAGUGGUGCUGGAAGGUGGCAUUGACCCCAUCCUCCGAGGCCUCAUGGCCACCCCUGCCAAGCUGAAUCGCCAGAACCAAAUUGUGGUGGAUGAGAUCCGGGAGCGACUGUUUGAGCAGGUCAUGAGGAUCGGGCUGGACUUGCCGGCUCUGAACAUGCAGCGCAGCAGGGACCACGGCCUCCCAGGGUACAAUGCCUGGAGGCGUUUCUGUGGGCUCCCACAGCCCAGCACGGUGGGUGAGCUGGGCACAGUGCUGAGGAACCAGGACCUGGCACAGAAGCUGAUGCAGCAGUACGGCACACCGAACAACAUCGACAUCUGGAUGGGCGGUGUGGCCGAGCCCCUGGAGCCCAAUGGCCGUGUGGGCAAGCUCCUCGCCUGCCUCAUUGGCACUCAGUUCAGGAAGCUCCGGGACAGUGAUCGGUUUUGGUGGGAGAACAACGGUGUGUUCAGCUUGCAGCAGCGGCAGGCCCUGGCCAGGAUCUCCUUGCCCCGCAUCAUCUGUGACAACACGGGCAUCACCACCGUUUCCAGGAACAACAUCUUCAUGUCUAACUCUUUCCCCCGGGACUUUGUCAACUGCAGCUCUCUCCCUGCAUUGAAUCUGGCUUCCUGGAGGGAGCCGUAGAGGCUGGGUGAGGGCAAAAUGUCAUGAGGGUGCACCUGGGCUGCCCACUUGACACCACAGGGAACUCUCUUCCCUGGUGAGACUGUCCCUGUUCCGGGUGCUGUUGGGAAAAAGGCUGGGUAUUCAUGUGUGUGUGUGUGUGUGUGUGUGUGCGCAAGCAUUCAUGCACAUGUGUGUGUUUAUAUGUGAUUACAUGUGCGCAUGUGUGCCUGGUAUAUAAAUGGGCGUUUCACAUGUGUGUGUCAUCUGUGAGGACGGGCAGUGUUUUUUGUGCUGUGUGUCAUUUGUGUGAGUGUGUGUUUGCUGCUCACAAGGCUGUGGAGUAUAUCGAAGGCAGCAGAGCAGACUGGGGAGGAGCAUAGCUCAGGUUUACAUCCCGGCUCUGCAGCUGACCAGAACCCUGACCCUGGACAAACUACUUCAUCUCCCUAAGCUGAGUUUUCUUCCUUGUAAAAAGCAGCUAUGGCUCCUUAGAGGCCCCAUUUGCGCCCUCUAGUUCUACAUUCAUUGGGCACCUACUGCUUGCCAUGCACUGUGCCAGGCAUGGGAAACACAGAGAGGCAGGACAGACACCGUCUGUGUCCCCGAGGAGCCUACACAGAGCCUGUGUUCUGAUUAGCAGAGGUGAACCAGUGGCCUCUGGAGUGAGGAGCCUUUGGCGGUUCGGCCACGUGGCCGAGUUCUGGGCCUGGCUGGCUGGGCUCAGCUGCAGGUCUCCUUGGUCUCACGCUCUUCUCCUAUCCACAGGGGCCUGCCUGGAGAGGAGUGAGGGCCGUCAGUCCUUCUGUACCAUUUGUUUGUACCUGAUGUUUACAUAAUAAAGCACUGAGGAUGGGGA